AUGGUCCUUUUUCGGGGAGUCGGGCAGGUGGCGACCCUGCAUUCUCAUCUUGACGCGCUGCGCAGUGCUCGAAUUUGUCAAGGUGUUUUGCUGACAGCUGGAGAAGAUUCGAUCGUGAAGGCCUGGGAUAUUGGCAGCAUGCCUGGCGCCAUUUGGAUCGAUGGUGCCUGUGAAGACUUAGAGCCGUUUGCAAACUACCGCGCACACAGUGGGCCAGUUAUGGCGCUGGCAGUGCCUGAUGGGGAGGAGAAUCUUCAAUCUCCCGUUGGCUUCAGUGGUGGGAUGGACGGUGACAUCUACUCCUUUGAACUGAUUUCACCCUCAGAGAACGGGUCCCUGGACCCCGAGGCGGCCAGAACUGGGCCACGGGACCUGGGCCACCUGCAGAGCUUCCGAGCCCAUCGAGACGGGGUUGUCUCGUUGGAUUUGCAGCCCAAACUGGGCUUGUUGGCCAGCGCCGGUUUGGACAAUCUGGUGUUGCUGUGGCGCGUCCCACAGGAAACCCGCGACGAGAACGGAGGCCUGCGAGCGGCCAAUGCACCACUUCAGGCUUUGGACAUCCCAGCACCUGGCAGUCGCGAUGAGCACAGUUUCGGGUCACUCACAGGAGUUGCUUGGGGUCCUCGCAGAUCUACCUUGCUCCUGUGCUGCAGCAGUGCUGCAUCUACUUGCUGCGCCAUGGAUGUAACACAUGGAGCUGCAAUUUACAGUGCCGAGAAAACCAAAGAGGACGCAGUGGCACCUGUGCUGGCAGUUGCAAGCCAUGCUGAGCGUGAUAUCGCUGUGAGUGGUCAUGCAGAUGGUUAUGCUCGGAUCUUCAGUCCAUUGACUGGAAGGCAAAUGUGGAACCUUCGAUGUGGCAAAAGCGUCACAUCUGUGGCACUGGAUCCUUUCGGGAGUGCAUCAGAAGUCAUGGCAUGCCGAGACGGAGUGCUACUGAUCUUCGAUGUGCGGAUGUGUCAUUGCAUCCAAGAGAUCCCUCUGCAUCAGGGAGAGGCGAUUCACUGGGUGUGCCAUGCUGGUGUGCUCCCGCGGCAACUUGGGGGAAACGACCUCAUCAUCACUGCAGGUGCAGAUGCAACGGCCAACGUGCUUGACAGGACAGCGCAGUGACGAAACAAAAUGAUCCGCUGAUCUGAAAAAAGUAC